CCUGGCGUUUCUCUCUAGCGCUUCCUCCUUCUCUUUGUCGUUUCGCUUACAUACGUACGUAGCGUGCACGCUCUCUUCAUUUUUGCCGAUUUUUUUGGGAUAUUCGCCGAAAAAGCACAAAAAAACCAUCGCACAAUGGCCGAUAAAGUAGCUGACGAAAAACCUGUUGAAUCCACCGUUGAGGAAGUGGAGAAGGUAGAAAAGAAGGCCGAAGAAGUGCCUGAAGAAAAGGAGGAGACUAAAGCCGAAAACGGCGACGCCAAAGCCGAAAACGGCGAUUCCGAAGAGAAGGAAGAGCCAAAGGAAAAGGAAGCCGAGAAGAACGGAGACGAAGCCGACUCUGGCGACAAGUGCUGCAUCAAGAGGAAAUCAACCAGCGCUGCUGACGCCAAAGAGGCAGCAGCGGAAGGUGCGACCCCUGAAAAGAAGGCCAAACUGGAUGAAACCACAGAGGCUGAAGUAGUAGCUUAAUCAUGAUUUAGUUUUUAAGUCGCUAUAUGUAUAAUGGUAGGGUAUGAAAAUUUGGUAGGUGCUGGCAACCCUAACAUUGCACAUAUAUUUUUAAAACGUGACACCACUAUUUAUUAGUAAAUUGCAUUUAAUAUUUUCGUUGUUUUGGCACUUGGUUUCCGACGCUCGAAUCGGUGUUCAUAUUUUUUGAAUUUCGUCGAAACUGGUACCAAAAUACUAGAGGUGCGUUUGUGUACUUAAUUUUUUUUUACAUAAUUUUGACUACAUUAGUUUCUCUUCGUAAAAAGUCCAGUGUUGUGUGAAUGUAAUAAUAUAUUAUGGCACACUGUUGCCCAUAGAAGGUUUAUAAAUUCUGUUAAUGUAAAAUGUGGUGAAUCUCUAGGAGCCAGCUCUGCCAUUACCUCACUAACAGUGGUUUCUAAAUGUGUUCAUAUCAAACUUACUAAUUUUGUACUGCCUUUUUUAUACUAAAUUCAUUUAGAUAAAAUAUGUUGUAAAUUUGCCAACUAACAGUAUUUUAUGAUAGUGAAUGAAUUAUUACCUGGUGAAACAUUCUAUUCCAUAUAGUACAAAAUAUUUGUAUUUUUUAAUGGAAUGGCAAUAAAGAGUUAGUUUCCAGUA